AUGCCGAAGGUACUUGCAGUGGCUGGGGCCUCGUCCUCGCAGAGUGCGGGGAAGAAGCACCAGUGCGCCGAGUGUGAUUAUAGCACCGACCGUACAUUCGAUAUGCGCCGCCACGCGGAGCUGCACCUCCCCGAGGACCAGCGACACUAUUACGAGUGCCCGAAGCCCGGGUGCGCCAAGCGGUUCCUGCAGAAGGGCAACCUCAAGAUCCACCUCGCAGCGCACGCGGGCGUGCCGACGCACUUCUGCGCGCAGUGCGACUUUGCGUGCACGGACCCGAGCGCGCUGCACAAGCACCGCAAGCGGCAUGGGUCGGGCUCGGGUUCGAGGACGGUUGUUGCGAGGGGCAGGAAGAGCAGGGUGAGGAGGCACCCGAGCCCGGCGACGUCGGAGGAGUCGGGCCUGUGGUCCUCUAUUGCUCCGUCCCCGGCCGCGUCGACGUCGACUUGUGCGGCGACUGUGGACGCGUUCUCGCCGCCUGCGCUGACGCUGCCCGAGACGGGCGGCUGUGCUGCUUCUCCUGCUGCUGAUGUGGAUGUGCUGUCGUGGCUGGACGACCAGAGCUUGGUGGCGACUCCGGGUUCUUCGCCGGCUUAUUCGGGCGACUUUUCUCCGAUGGUGGCUGUCCCUGAAGAGUCUUAUGUCUCUCGAGAUGCUUCUGGCUUCACUCCUCACUCUGGCUAUCAGUCUCAGCCUCAACAGGCUUACGACGCUCAGUCCCAGCUCUCCUACGAGUUUCAGUCUCAGCUCUCCUAUCAGUUUCAGGCUCAGGCUCAGCUCUGCUACGACUACGACCACACUCAACCCGUCUACACUCAACCCGUCUACUCUCAACCUGCCUACUCUUCUCAGCCUGCCUACCCCUCUCAACCCGCCUAUCCCACCCAGCCUGCCGCUCCCUCCCCGGACUUCCUCGACUUUGACUGGAGCAUGCCCGCGCCCGCCGCCGACUUUGACGGCGCUGCGAUCUUCGUGGGAGACCUCGAGCUGGGGAUGGGGACGCAUAUCCCUCCUGCGAUGGAUCUAGGCUCGGGGUUUGACUGGCCUGCGUCUGCGUCUGCGGCUUUUGGUUAUUCGUUUUGA